CCUAAUUGUUGUGAUAAACUUAUUAAAUAGAUCUUUUGAUCUCCGAUGGAAGUAGAAGCGCCUUCAAGCCCUCAACCAUACGAGAGUGAAGAACCCCAAAUGUCACAAGACCAGCUGAAAGCUAUGUCAGUGUUGGAAAAGGAGGGAAGUCCCCAGUCGCAGUCGUCUGGAUCUCAGGAGGAUCACGACCACAACCCGGAGAUGUCUGCAUUCGCAGUGCACAACAGCAACAACAACACAAUGGAGUCAGAGAACGACAUCGAACAGCGAAUUCAGAAGGCAAAUCAAGAUCUAGCCAAACAACCUCAGCCUCAACAAGAACGAGAGAAGCGCAUCAAGUUCAAAGAAAACCUGAUCGACUUCGAGGCGCCUCCCGACAACCCGCCGAUGUCUCCGGACUCGACGACUACUCAAGACGGAGUUGCUCCAAAUGCGACCUCCGACGAGACAAAAGAGCAGGAAGCAGGCUGUGUUCUGGUUGAGAAGGAGGGAAAGUUCGAGCUGUUUGGCGAAAACGAAGACACCUCCAAAUCUAAAACAGCCUCAGAAUCAUCCAUCGAAGAUAUCCUCGGUCUGAAUGACAGCAAGAAGUCCAACUCAGGUGAAACGGAACACACAAAUUCAAGAUCAAAUGAAUUUCAACGGGAGGAUAAAUCAGAGAGGAAAAGCAGACCUAUGUCAGCGCCGAAUUCGAAAGCAGCUUUGCGAAACGGACUUCCGCCUGUCUCGUAUCAAAACCCUCCGCCGAGGCCCAAAUCAGCAGGACACGACAAACUAUCUAGGGGUCACAGGAGUGCGGAGAUGAUCGAGGAGGCGAAGGAGUUGCAGAGGCAGAGACAGAGGGAGGAGAGUGAGAAGAGGCGGAAGGAACAGGAUGAAAAGGAGCAGAAGGAAAAGGAGAACCGGGAAGCCUUUGAGGCCUGGUGUCGUGAGAAGGAGGCGGAGGCGAAGGAGCAGCGAAAGAAACAACGGGAGGCAGUGAAGAAACUACAGGAACAAGAGGAAGACAAGGAUAUCUACGAUGACGCGUUUGGUGUCGAGAAGGACAAGGACGCGUUUGAGGAGUGGAAGCGGAUGAAGAGUGAGCAGGAGAAGAAGGAGAGGAUGUUCAUGAAGUUCCAGAAGGAGGAGGAGGCCCAGUGGGUGGCCACCAGGAGCCAGAAGGACUGCGACAAGGCAUACAGGAGAUGGCUGAAACAGAAAAGGCGCCAAGAACUGGAGGAGAAAAGCUUCUUGUUGACAUCUCGCGCCUCCUCCGCCGUCCUCACUCGGAAGAGUCGAAAGUCCGCUCAGAUGGCUCAAGCCAUCAAACUGGCUCAGCAAUUCAAGUUCAUUGACCAUUAUGGUUACAGAUAAACUCCGAUAUCAUGUCACAACAGCCUAACCGAGAACCGAACAUAGGCGAAGCGAACCCGCCGACAAAGCUGCAAAUGGCACUUAAUGUAUAGGUAAAGCGAAAAGACUUACCAACAUACGAACUUUAACUUACUAAAAUUGUGAAUAAUUAGUUAACUGGACUACUAAGAUGCCGCACGAAUUGCAUGUAGUGUUAUAGAUUUAUUCGCGUUCCAAACCGAAAAUAGCUGUCUUGUUGAGUCUAUCGCAUUUAUUAUCGUUCAAUGGCAAAGGCAGAGUCGCUGAUUAUUGAGGCCAUGAGUUGUAAUUAAGUUUCGUUGUUUUAAAAGCACUUGUACAAAGAUGUAAAGCUGUGUAAAAUAGUGUAAAUACAGAAUUAACAAUUUC